AUGGACGCCGAGACCCCGUGCGCGUGGGGUCGCAUCCUCGCCGUCGCCAUCGACGGCGGCGCCGCGUGCGCGUUCACGGCGUCGCUCGCGUGGAACGUGCACGCGCUCGUGACGUUGGAUGAUUUACAGAGCGAUCGCGUCAACCCGCACGACGCGAGUCGACGCAUCGCGCGCUCGGCGCGCGCGGAGGCGAGCGCGCACGGUGUCGGCGUCGCGCUGUGCGCGCUGCGGGGACGCCCGAUCGCGGUGGUGGUGAACGCGCCGUUGAUGUGGUGGCACUGGAAUCGGUGGCGAGAGGGACGGUUGAGCGCGGACGCGACGGAGAUUUUCGCCGCGGCGGACGCCGAGCGCGUCGCGCGCGGACGCAAGCUCGCCUUUUUAGCGUGCGUGGUCAUGAUCGCCGCGUACGCCGUCACGCACGCCGUCGUGCACUCGCUCAUGACCAAGGCUGGAAGGGAGGCGUUGGCGAAAAUCUUGCGAGAGGCGUCGCACUCGCCGAUGUAUCACAUGUUUUGA